GCCGGAUUAACCGCCCUGAUAGAGUCCCUAAUGUUUUCCCAUCAGCCCACUUGGGAUGACUGUCAACAGCUCUUACAGGCACUCUUCACCACGGAGGAGAGAGAAAGAAUCACACAGGAAGCAAGAAAGAAUAUCCGAGGCACCAACGGGCAGCCGGCAACGAUAGCUGAGGCGGAAGAAGGGUUUCCGCACAACCGACCCAACUGGGACUAUAACACGGCUGAAGGUAGGGAGGCGCUGUCCGUUUAUCGCCGGGCUCUAGUGGCGGGUCUCCGGGGAGCCGCAAGGCGGCCCACCAAUUUGGCUAAGGUAAGAGAGAUUCAGCAAGGACCCACCGAACCCCCCUCCGUUUUUCUAGAACGAUUGAUGGAGGCUUACCGCAGGUACACGCCCUUUGAUCCGUCCUCGGAAGGGCAGAAGGCCUCUGUCAUUAUGGCCUUUAUUGGACAGUCAGCCCCAGAUAUAAAGAGGAGAUUACAAAGGCUAGAGGGGCUGCAAGACUACGACCUGCGGGACGUAAUAAAGGAGGCUGAAAAGGUGUAUCAUAAAAGGGAGAGUGAAGAGGAAAAGCGAGAGAGAGAGAGAAGGGAGGCUGAGGAGAGGGAAGACAGAAGAGACAGGAGACGAGAAAAAAAACUAACUAAAAUACUGGCCGCAGUAAUAAAAGCGACAGGGCCAGAUCACAGACAGUCAGGGAACCUGGGCAACGCCCCACGACCAGGCUCGCGCAGAUUAAAAACCCUCAAGUGA